CAAGUACCCAGGUUGGUUAGGUAGUGAAGAUUUUUCUGUUCCAGACUGAAACAGUUGAAUGCGGUCAAGAUGGUAUAUUGAAAGCAGAUUUCUGUCGCUGCAAGAUUCUUUGAAACAAUAUCACACUCACAGUCUUAUACCUUUCCACUAUUUUGCAUGGUUAUCCCUGUUCAGGAGUUUGAAACUCUAACCUCAAGACGAUCACCAAACCAUCAGAAUGGAGUUAAUAGAUAUAAGUAUACAUAAUUAAAUUAUACACAGAACUCAGAACUCGCUGAAAGCUCAAUGGACAUUUCAAACGAAUAGUGCAUUUCAAUAAUUAAUAUAUGUGGACUUCUACACUAGAUUAAUUGAUAUAAUUAUGAUUUUUCCAAUGAUUCUUCAUGAGUGCUGUAUAUUGUUUUGCAGGUCUUCUGGAUCUAGUGAUAGCUGAAAAUUUACAAUUAUUGAAGUGAUAGAGAUAUAUAUUUCGCUAACAUUCGUUAUAUCGUACUAGUUAGUUGGUAUCCAUUCCACUGAAAGGAAUAUGACGAUAAUCAAAGUAGUUUUCGCUAUUUUCAUCUUUGAGUCGUUGAAAGUUGGAGAAGUGAAAUGUGCCACUGUGGAAGAACUGGAGAGAUUGAUUGAAGCUGCAACUAUAGAGGCAAACUCUUAUGAAUUUCCCACAAAUGCUAGAAUGUUUCAAGCGAAGGAUAAUCGAAUCAAAGACAUUGACUCUUAUGAUUUCGUGAUAAUUGGAGGUGGUGUUGCUGGAUCCGUUAUCGCCAGUCGAUUAUCUGAAAUCAAAAAGUGGAGUAUCCUUGUACUGGAAGCAGGUCAAGUGGUGACCAGCGAAUUCAAUGAAAUGUUGGGUUACACGGCUUUUCUAGCACUAUCUGACCUGAGUUGGGGCUUCAGAAGUGUUCCACAAACAACUGCCUGUCUAGGUUUCGUCAACCAGUCCUGUCGUGCUUUUCGAGCGAGAGGUAUGGGCGGUACCUCUUUGAUGAACGGCGCUGUAUAUGAGAGAGGAAUGCCAUCGACCUUUGAUGAAUGGGCAGAUAUCACGAACGAUCCCACCUGGUCAUACGACAACGUUUUACGGUUAUUCAAGAAGUCAGAAAAUUUCCACCUCAGAAACCCGAAUACACCAGUGGAAUGGGAAUACCAUGGUAGAGGUGGUUACCUCAACGUGGAGCAGAAAAUCCCCGAGGACUUUAUGACGACAUUAUUCCUACAAGGACAUAGAGAGCUGGGUACUGAUAUCAUCGACUAUAAUGGUCAAUCCCAGCUUGGCGCCUCAAUAUUCCAGCUUUUCACCAAAAACGGGAGACGGCAAAGUGUCUACGACGCCUUUCUCAAGCCAUUCUUGCGUAGACGCAAUCUUGAUAUCAUGACUGAGAGCUAUGUGACCAAAAUAGAGGUACAAAAACUAUCGAAGAAAGCAAAAGGUGUUAUAUUCACAAGACAUGGUAAAACUUAUAGGGUCAAUGUUAAGAAAGAGGUUAUUCUAACAGCAGGAGUAUUUCAGACUCCUCAAAUCUUGAUGCUCUCUGGAAUUGGCCCAAAAGAACACCUUCAAGAUAUGGGAAUACAUGUCAUAGAGGAUCUGGAAGUGGGCAGUCAACUAAAGGAAGAUCCGAUAUGCCAAGCCAUGUACAUAUCAACAAAUAUCACUAAGCCAGUAGAAACGCUCGAAGAAAGGCUGCAACAGUUUCUAAAGGGUGAAGGUAGUCUAACUCAAGCAUACUCAACCUCAGGGGUGGCAUUCCAAAAAUCACAGUUCGAAGAAGAAAACUAUGCCGAUAUAGAAUUCAUAGCAGCUUCCCUGCAAAAAUCAGCAUUCGAUGUGAGAUACGCUGGUUGGAGGAAUGAAACUUAUGAGGCUGCAUGGGGCAACAGCACUAACGUCAUAGCUAUAAACAUUCAUAACGUCAAUCCAAGAUCAAGUGGUACUGUCAGAUUGAAUAGUGCCGAUCCCUUCGACUACCCUCUGAUCGAUUUCAAUAUGAUGUCCGAUCCAGAAGGUCAUGAUAUGGCAGUGCUGUACGAAGGUGUCAAUCGGGUUUUGGAAUUGCUACAAACGCCAUCGUUCCAGAGUAUCAACCCUGAGUACAGAGGCAGACCUUUGCCUGGCUGUGAGGAUUAUCAGUUCUUGUUCAGGGAAUACUGGUACUGUUUCCUGAGGCAAACCUGUACAGCUGCCUUCCAUGUCAGAGGUUCGUGUCCUAUGGGUGCAGAUCCGAGUGAAGGGGCGAUUGUGGACUCUCGUCUCAGGGUGUUUGGGGUGAGGAAGUUGAGAGUCGCAGAUUCAAGUAUUUUUCCAACUAGUAUGAGUGGUCAUCCUGUCGGAACAAUCAUUAUGAUCGCAGAAAAAGCUGCUGAAACCAUCAAGUCUGAUUAUCUGCCAUAUUCGGAUAUUUUCCCGAAAGAGCCAUAGUUUGAAGAUAUUCUGACAAUUCACGUAUUCGGAAGAUUCACUAUAAAUCAAAAAAUGUAUCAAACAAUUAUUCUAGGUUGAAAUAUACAGUCUCAAGUGACAACUUGGUAUAUAUAUA